AUGUUUAAACUUGACAUUGCCAGUCGGCGAAUAAUUUUUAUUCCCAAGCAGCCAAAUACUCGUGCUUCAAUUUCAUCAAGUUCAACAGAGCAAAGCAAUACGAAUCGAAACAUUGAAUAUGAGAGAAAUGACGCAGUUGAUCAAAAGAAAAGAGACGAAAUAGAGAGUAAAUUUCAAAAAUCUUCACAAAAGGCUUGCUAUAUGUUUCCAAGGUAUAAGCCAAAGCCUUUUCAAAAGCUUCCAGUCAUCCAGCUCAAAUCAAGAAGAACUGAAUCCAAAAAUUAUGAAGAAGUAUAGAAUUUUCCUUUAAAUAGCACAAUUUAUGAAUAACUGAUUGAUCGCUAUUCAGGAAAAAAAAAAUAAAGGUUUUCGGCGGGCUCUGCCCGCUAUAAUUAAUAGAUAGAUAAAUAGAUUGAUCGUUAUCAAUUUUGAAAACGAUCUCAAAUUCUUUAUGGAUAUUUUCAAAAAAUUUAAUAUCAAUCUAAAUGAUUUUUAUUUUUUAAAUGUCCUUGGUGCAAUGAUAUUUAUAAUUCAUCACCGAGGUUAUUAAAUAAGUAGGCUAUUAUAUGGAAAAAGUCUAUAAAAUCUCUAUGUACAAUCAAAAACUCCUCUAUCUCACUCUUUUCUAUAGAGCUAUUUUCUCUGCUUAACCUUAAAAAGGUUUGUUGGAAUUUUAAAAAUCCAUAUGGGUUAAUAAAAAAAUUUUCUGGUUUAUAAUUUAAUAGAACUGUUUGUCCAUUAAUUAUUUAUAAUUAUUUUCCAUGCUAAAUUACAGAUUUUUCCAAUAAUUAGGAUUUUACAAAGGAUUUUAACUCUUAAAUCAGGAGUAAAGUAAAUUUCUUUGAAAGAAAACCCCUCUCAAAAUCUCCAAUAAGUCUAGCUCGCAAAGAGCUUGCAAAAAGUGAACUAAAGACAAAAAUCUCCCAAAAUAGUAGCUACAUAAAUAUCGCCCCAAUCGAAACCUUUCAUAAAAACGACCUAAAUUACUACAACCUCUACAAAAAAAAUCGCAUUAACCGUCAGAAUUCUGACCACAAAAGCUUCUCAAAGCUCUCUGAAGUGGACGAGCUAAACACAUCUCAAAUAACGACUAAAUCCAAUCUAUAA